GCCGCCCGGCGCCUUGCGGCUUCUCGCCGCUCCUUGUCGUGAUGGAGAGUGCCGAGGCGGCGGGCCUGCUGAGGGAACACGGCCCGGGCGGGCUGCCGCGGUUCCGGACGUACCGCCGGCGGUGGGUCCUGCUGGCCGCCGUAUGCCUGCUGAACUGCUCCAACGCCAUGGUAUGGCUGACAUUUGCUCCUGUGGCUGAUAAGACGGCUGCCUACUUCCACAUUUCCCUGGAGGUGGUCAACUGGCUCUCAACAGUGUACCUCCUCAUCUCGAUCCCAUUUGGUGUGGUGGCAACAUGGGUCCUCGACAGUGUGGGGCUCAGAUGUGCUGUGAUCCUGAGCGCGUGGCUGAACAUGACCGGUAGCAUCAUCCGGAUGUUCAGCGUCCUGAAGUUCCUGAGCUUGGGUUCUCAGAGUUACUGGUACCUCUUUAUUGGGCAAUGCAUCUGUGCACUGGCACAGCCCCUUAUCAUCUUUUCACCGACAAAACUGGCAGCAUUAUGGUUCCCAGACCACCAGAGAGCAACAGCAAAUAUGAUGGCAUCGAUGUCCAAUCCCUUGGGUGUUCUUAUAGCAAAUUUACUGUCACCUGCACUGGUUCCAGAAGGAAAGCACAUCCCAUUGAUGCUGGGUGUUUAUACUGUCCCAGCAGUAACAGCCUGUGCUCUAGCAACUGUGGGAAUUCAUGAGAAGGUUCCUCCAACGCCUCCUUCAGCCAGUGCCACUUAUUCCACCUCUCAGCCAUUUCUCACGGGGCUCAAAAUGCUCCUGAGGAACAAGCCAUACAUCAUCCUGGCGGUGUGCUUUGGAGGAGGAAUUGGGAUGUUCACCUGUUUUUCAGCUCUGCUAGAACAGAUCCUUUGUGAAAAGGGAUAUUCAAAUGAAUUUGCUGGCUUAAAUGGUGCACUGUUCACAGUGUGUGGCUUGCUGGGUGCUCUUCUGCUAGGCCUGUAUGUAGACCGGACAAGGAAUUUUAUAGAGUCCACUAAGAUUUUUUUCUGUCUGAGUUCACUUGCCAGCAUCAUGUUCGCAGUGACUUCUCGGUUUAGGCACCAGGCCAUCACACUGGCCAUCAGCAGCUCACUCUUUGGUUUCUUCGGUUUUGCCAUCUAUCCCAUUGCCAUGGAGCUGGCUGUGGAGUGCUCCUACCCUGUGGGAGAGGGCACAUCUACAGGCCUGAUUUUUGUUGCAAGCCAGAUUGAAGGUGUCAUUUUAAUGAUUCUGCUACAAGCCCUCACUGUGCGUGUUGCUGAGGUCCCAUCCUCCACCUGCACCCUUGGCCAAGAUGGGUCCCUGGAUUGGACAGCUCCGGUACUGGUGCUGGCUGGCCUCUGCAGUGCUAUGGCUUGCUUCUAUGUCAUCUUCUUCCACACUGACUAUAAACGGCUCCAUGCUGAGAGAAACAGAGGUGACUUGGUCAAGGCAGAAGAUACAGCAACAGCAGACACUCCUGACGCCUAACCAGGCCAAAAAGGGGAUGCCAAGGGCCCAGUAAGAGAAGGACUCAGGCCUGUGGGCACGGACUAUGACUACAAAUGCUCAGCUGGCACACCAGGAUCUCUGGGUCCUGUUGCGCAAGCAGCAGCAACUGAGUCACUGGAGCACCUUUGCUGUGCUUUCUCCAAUCUUGUAUUUUUGAGUCUGGGCUGUAAGAAAGGCUGUGCUGACAGAUAGGUCAAAGUGGGACUGGACAACUACGCAGGUAAUGGGGAUUUUUGGCUGACUUGUUUCGUGCUAAAGAAAUGUUGCAGAAGAGAGAAGCAUCAUACUUCAGCCAUUUUUUCAUUUUCAUGUACUUGGAUCAUGGGUGACACUUUCAGAAGGAUGGAAGCCAUGCCUAUCACAAACAUAGUGGAAAACUUCUGUUUAAGGACUGUGAUUCUUGCAUAGCGUAACAACUCUUUCACUGUAAGGUUGGAGCUACUUGUGCCUACUGCCUAAAGGGCAGUAGGAGCUAGAGCAUCCUUCUGUUGCAGCAAGGAAUUGCAGGUAUGUGAUCUGUAAUCCAGGAUAAUUUUAUGUUUACAAACACUAUGUUUUUUAAUAAAGGAUGAUUUAAGUAAA